AUGGAUAUGGUAGGAAAAGUUGGAAGCUUAAUAACUAAGGGGGUAUAUUCAGUUGCUACCCCUUUUCACCCCUUUGGUGGUGCUGUUGAUGUCAUUGUUGUUCAGCAAGAAGAUGGUAGUUUUAGGAGUACGCCGUGGUAUGUUCGGUUUGGUAAAUUUCAAGGUGUUCUUAAAGGUGCUGAGAAGGUUGUUAGGAUAAAUGUUAAUGGGGUUGAUGCGAAUUUUCAUAUGUAUCUUGAUAAUGCUGGGGAGGCUUAUUUUAUUAAAGAGGUGGAUGGUGAUGAUAAUGUUAACUCGAACGUCGUUGUUACUGAGUCUGAGUUUACUCCGGGAGAGAGUAGUUUGAAAUUUGAUGUUACUGGUCGUAGACUUGAUCAUAGUGUAUCUGAUUUGGGGGUGCUUCAGUCGACAGGUGACGAUCAUUUAUCGGAUUUGCCGAAACUUCGAAAGGCAGAAUCGGAUGUUGAUAAGAGAUUUUACAAACUUCAAGAUGAUCAACCUGUGAUUGCAGAUUCGGCUUAUUUGCCGGAAUGUGAAGAGAAUUAUGUGGAUUCGCAGGAUUCUCAUCCGGGGAUGAUUUUGGUUAGUGGUGAUGGUCAUAUGUUGACAGCCCCUAUCGCUGAAUCAGAGCCAACUGAGAAGAAUUUGGAGUUAGAUGCUCUUCAAUGUCAUUUGGGGCCAGUUGCAGAGACUGAUUUCUAUGAAGGCGAAGAGGAAUUUAGUUCCAUUGAAAAUACAUGCACUACUGAUGAUGUUAGUCAGCUGGAUGCUUCAACAGCUGAUGUCCCAUCCAUUAUUUAUAGCUCCAAUGUUGAUAAUAGUAAUCGUGGGAUCCAUCUGGAAGAUUGCCAAAUAGAGGAGGCACCUAUUUGUCACACGGAGGAAACUGACACUGAAGAAGCUGCAUCAUGUAUAAAUACGGGGAGUGUCUUCAAAAGUUGUUUGGACUUUCAUGAAUUUAAUCAGCAGGCUGAAAAUGACGGGUCCUCAUUGGUGGACCAAAAUUCAGCUGAGGAAUCUAAUGAAAAUGGUUCAAAUGUUGAUGAAAAUGAAAAUGAAAGCAUAAUACAAUCUAGAAAUAUUGACGGGUUAUCUCCCCUUAGUGUGCCUACUUCUUCAGGCGAUAGUAUUUCUCCAAAUUUAAAAACAAAACUUCAAGGGGUUGAUAAGGAUGCAUCAGCUGAAGUUGACACUGAUUCUGGCAGUCAUUCUGGUACAAAUGAUGUGGAGUGGAAUGAUAGUCAAGAAACCCAUGUACUUGAAAAUACUAGUGAGGAAGAUAAUGUAACAGCACCUCAGACAUUGACUUCCACCGACGGGGAUCAAAGUCAUUUUGAUUCAAGAUUCGACAUCUCACUUUGUGGGCAUGAACUUAAGGCGGGUAUGGGUUUUAUCGCAGCUGCUGAAGUGUUUGAGGCACAUCGAAUAUCUGCAGAGGAAUUUAGAGUAUCUGCACCAUCAAUAACUAAGAAUAAAAAUCUUGUAGUGAAGGUCAGAGGGAGCUAUCUACUGUGGGAAAAGGCCUCCCCUCUUGUUCUUGGAAUGGCAGCUUUUGAUUUAGACUUACCUGUUGAUCCUGAAGAUACAAUUCCUGUGGGACAGGAUUAUACAUUGAAGUCUAGCGAUGAUAUUCCUGGACCAUCUUCGUCUCGACGUAGGUGGAGACUCUGGCCUCUUGCUUUUCGAAAAGUAAAGACAGCUGAGCACAAUAGUAUUGAUGAAUCAAGUGAGGAUAUAUUUUUAGAUUCCGUAUCUGAUUUGUUAGGUUCUGUGGUUGAGCCAACUCCAACCUCUGUUAAGCGUGAGUCUCCUCCCAAGCAAUUUGUAAGGACAAAUGUUCCCUCUAAAGAGAUGAUAGCGUCAUUGAAUCUCAAAGAUGGUCCCACUGGAACAGCGAUAUACCGACGGCAGAUUCAAUUCAGCAGCAAGUUUGCAGUAUAA